AUGAUUUUUUAUAAAAAUAAUACGUUUAGAUAUCAUUAUUUGGAACCUGAAGCUACUCAUAAAGUAUCAUUACCGGAUGGAAGGGUAGAAACACAAGCUGAACUAGAUAAAAUGAAUAGUGAGCACGCAGAGAAAAUAAAAAAUUUUAAACAACAAUCUAGCAAAUUGACUAAAGCUUUUAAUGACAUUAAAAAUUGCAACACUAUUGAGGAAUUGAAUAAAGUUGAGGAAAGCUCAAAAGAAGAAUUAGAUCUUAUUAUUGAAACCUAUGAUCCUGUAAGAUUGGUGGAACUUUAUCCUGAACAUAGACCUGAUUCAGAAUUAAAUCAUCAAACUGUGUUGAUGCAAGAAGAAAUUAUUAAUGAAAGUUCAUUGUUGUCAUCAUCUGUUCCUCAUAAUAUAGAAUAG